AUGCAGUGCGGUCACGCUGCCGAGCUCGCCUGGCAACCUGCCUACACCCUGUGGUACCUCUUUCAUUGGAGGAGAUCGAGCUCGUGGUUUGGGGCUACAAAAGAAGAGGAAGAGUUUAUUGCAGAGGAAGAGGAAGAACUUACUCCAGAGGAAAAGAGGAAACUGGAAAGAAAAUUAAAAAAAGAGCGCAAGAAGAAGGAGAGACAGCUGAUGAGGGAAGCUGGAAUCCCCAUUAAAAAGGUGGAGCCCAAAAAGCCAUCGGGAUCUGAGCGGGCUCUGGCCUAUUUAACCAGCUGGUCUAAAACCCCAGAAGAAUGGAAGUUCCAAAAGACAAGACAGACGUGGCUUCUCCUGCACAUGUAUGAUAAAGAGAAGGUUCCAGACAAGUAUUUCACCAUUUUACUGGAUUAUCUGCAAGGGCUUCAGGGCAAUGCACGAGACAAAACUAUACAGAAAGCUGAAGCUUUUAUGAAGGAAUUUGAUGGUUCUGAUGGAGAAGACCCAAACCUGCUGGGGAAGUGCGAGCGCAUCAGACAAGUUCUACAACUGCUGUCCUGAGAUUAUUUCUGUGUCGUAAUUGUCUGGUGGAGGGAAGGAGAGGAUGUCACACACAGAGCCUGUAAAGGAUUUGUAAAGAUAAUAGUAAAUUUUAUACUUGUAAUUUUUUCCAGUUGAAAAUAUUUCUUGUGUUUUGAGGUGAUGAAAUAAAAAUAGCAUGUAUAGCCCAUAGUCUUGCUAUUAACCUUAUUGUACCUCUUUAGAAGAAUAAACCUCUCUUUAGAAGAAUAA